AUGGGCUUCCUUGACAGCAUUGUUAGCAAUCUCACAGGUCAAAGCCAUGGCGGCGGACAGCAGCAGCACAGUCAACAGCAUGGCCCCCCACCCGUCUCACCGCCGUGGUAUGCCGAGUGGGACUCUCGCGAGAACAGGUGGCUCUUCGUGAACCAGCAGACCGGCGAACGUACAUUCAACUACCCCGGCCCGGGCAGCCAAAGUCAAGGCGGCUACGGACAGCAGGGUGGUUAUGGGCAACAGAGUGGUUAUGGUCAACAGGGAGGAUACGGUCAACAACAGGGCUACGGUCAACAACAAGGCUACGGUCAACAACAGGGCGGAUACGGUGGCGGUUAUAGCCAGCAACAAGGCUACGGCCAGCAGGGUGGCUCUGGCGGCGGAUACCCUCCACAAGAGCAGCCUCAGAAGAAGGAAGGUAGCAAUGCCUGGAAGUAUGCCGCAGGUGGCGCCGCUGGUCUUGUUGGCGGUGCUCUGCUAAUGCACGAGGGCGAAGAGAUUAAGCAAGACUGGGACGGCGACAAAUACCGCAUGGAGCAGCGUGUGGACAACUUCGGCAACGACGUCGAAAACUUCCCCGAGAACGCCGCAAACUGGACAGGCCAGCAGGUCGGCAAUGUAGAGAACUUCGGCGACCGGGUUGAGAACCGAUGGGACAAUACUGUCAACGAUGUUGAAGACUUCCCCGAAAAUGCGGCGAGGUGGACUGGCGAGAAAGUCCAGGCGGUUGAGGAUAUCCCGCAGGAUAUUGAAAACAAGUGGGACAAUGGUGUGAACGAUGUCGAGCAGUUUGGGGAUCGCAUGGACAACGCCUACGAUGAUGGAAGAGACGAGCAAAGAUAUGACGAUGAUGACUACUAG